AUGUCGCUUGACCUCCUCAUGCUCUCGGGUCCUUGCAUCCACCUUACGACGAAGAAACGCCACCUCUUCACGACUGCCAGCGAUCCCACCGACACCAACGAGGCACCGGAUACAGCGAAUGAUGCGCCGGAUGCAGUUCCUGCGUCGAUCCUUCCCGCACCGAUAGUUGGGCGGCCUAAGAAGAAGCCGCGACAAGGCGCGUUGGCCGAAGCUGCGCAGCCAGCGUCGUCGUCGACAGAACCGCCCCAGCAAUGCGAUCUCUUCAAGGUGCCCACCCCGAAGUCGAAGCCCAACUACUUCCUUAGUGCUGUUUCGCAGCCGCUACACAAAGGCACGGAGCGUACGGAUGAAGAGUACCUCAAGGACGAGGCUUGGCCAGACACAAAACCGGCUGCCGCUCGAGCCCAGCCACGCCUCACGUAUGAGAAGGCCCAGAAGAAGCAACUCGCUCCUCUCUCGCCGCCUCUCUCUGUCUUCCACUUUGACACGCACCGAACCGCUCUUCCUUCCGCCUCCUCGGGCUCCUACUUCCUCGACGCAGGCCUCGAUCCAGUCGCGCUGUAUGACGAUACGGACGUCAGCCACCGGCAUACUCCGCCCUCUUUCUACCGGCUCAGCGCCACCGAAGAGUAA